AGGGGGCGGGCUUUUGGGACCGGCGCCUUCUCCUUGCUCCUUGGGGUCGUGGCCUUGCUCCCGCCGGGCAGGGGAAACGUUCCCGGGGCUCUCACGCGCAGGUGUGCGCGUGGGUCCUGACGCGCUCGUGGGUCCAAGCUCGGGCUCCGCGGGGACAGAAGCAGGAGCCAUGGGCGGGACCGCCAGCACCCGCCGGGUCACCUUCGAGGCCGACGAGAACGAGAACAUCACGGUGGUGAAGGGCAUCCGGCUUUCAGAAAAUGUGAUUGACCGGAUGAAGGAGUCUUCUUCGUCUGGCUCUAAGUCUCAGCGGUAUUCCAGUGUUUAUGGUGCUUCAGUUUCUGAUGAAGAAUUGAAAAGAAGAGUAGCUGAGGAGCUGGCAUUGGAGCAAGCCAAGAAGGAAUCAGAAAACCAGAGACGCCUUAAUCAAGCCAGGGACCUAGAACGAGAGAGGGCUGCAGCCAAUGAGCAGCUGACCAGAGCUAUCCUUCGGGAAAGGAUAUCCAGCGAGGAGGAACGCUCCAAGGCAAAGCAUCUGGAUAUUGAAGACAAAGCUCGGCAGCUGGAAGAGAAAGACCGAGUGAUACAGAAGCAGGAUGCGUUCUACAAAGAGCAGCUGGCCAGGCUGGAGGAGAGGAGCUCGGAGUUCUACAAAGUCACCACUGAGGAGUAUCAGAAAGCUGCUGAAGAGGUGGAAGCUAAGUUCAAGCGGUAUGACUAUCAUCCAGUCUGUGCAGAUCUGCAGACCAAAAUCCUCCAGUGUUACCGCCAGAACACCCAGCAGACCCUCAGCUGCUCUGCUCUAGCCAGCCAGUACAUGCACUGUGUCAACCAUGCCAAACAGAGCAUGCUGGAGAAGGGAGGAUAAAGUUCCCCCCGAGAACAUGCAAAGCUCCGUCAACGUUAAUUCCAGAGGUGGAACAUUUUUCUUUUCCUAGUAAGAAAAUGACCCAAUUAAAGAGAAAACCACUAAAGAUAGACAGGCUUUGGAAAAUGGACUCUGCAGAAUGAUAACAUGUUUUGAUCAAUAGUUUAAAAAGCCAGGGUCUAGAUCAGGUAUCUGUCAUCAAAGAACACUGUUAAGUGUUAAUGAAACCCACAAAGAAUAAAGAGAAAGACAGUCCACCGCACCCUUCUGUUCUCUUCCCAGCCUCUCCUGACAUGAGCUAUUCUCUCCACUCCAGACUCCAGCACUUAGUGACCUCCGCUCUGAGAAAGCCGGGAGUGGGGACAAUAAACUAUUUCAAGUGGAGGGGCAGGAAGGAAGCACUGGGUGGGGCAGCUGUGACAGUGUGCCCUUCUCAUUAUAUAGGAUCUAUCUCAUUGUAACUUAUGAUCAUGCAAGAAAGAGAAAGGAGAGAAAAUGUACCUCUUUUACUGGAAUAAUGUUUAUGAUUGCAAGUGAAAUAAGGCAUUUUUAUCAAUAUAAAGCGAGCCUUGGCUUAUGCAACCUCUGUAGUGAAUACUGACAACGUCACUCACUAUCAAUAAUAAAUCUAUUUUCUGACAAAGACUGGCAAUUUA